CUUUAGUGUUCGUAGUAAUUGUAAAUAUUUGAGAGUGUUAAAUAAGUGAGAAAUAUUGAAAUUCAAUGUAAAUAUUAAUACGAUUCAAAAGUUUAACAGCAUUAUCUACGACAAUUCGCCAUUCUAAUGAUUAGUACCUGGUGAUGUAUAUCCUGCGCAUGCGUGAAUAUCGAAAAAAAAGAGAAAACGUUGUGAUAUAAAAUGAAUAAUUACAAGUGGAAUCGAAACAAGAAUACUUUAAAAAAGAAUAAACAGCCUAGAUCAAUGCAACAAAAGAAUAAGAAUGUACAUAGACCAUUAAUAAAGCCUCAUGAGACAGAAGAAGAAGCUAUUAUUCGAAGAUUUCAUAAUGCGCAAAGAAUGGCACGAUUCAGAGCUAGAAAAAAGAAAGCUUUAGAUGAAAUGAAAAAACUUGAAAUAGAAUUGAAUAGAAGAAAUAUUACAUUUAGAACUAUUGACUCCAUUAUUUCUGUAACAAAAGUAAAGAAAUUUCAAACACAUUUUCCUAUGCAAAAUUCAUCAAUUGUUACACAUUCGAUAUGUAAAGAAAAUAAAUACUCUCAACUAUUAACAGUCAUUGAAGAAUUAGGAAAAGACAUUAAACUAACAUAUGCUGGCAGUAAAAUUUCUGCAGAAAGGUUAAAGAUAGGUAUUAUAAAAGCUAGAAUACUGAUAAAAGAAUGCUUAAUGGAGGCAGAAAUGAAUUCACGAAAAUAG